UGCGCAGCCGCCGCCGCUCCCCCAGCACGGCGGGCGAGGGGCCGUCCGCCCCUUCCCCGCCGCCGCCGGGAGCGUGGGGGAGGCGGUGCUGCCCCGCCCCGCCGCCGCCACGGCCCCUCAGCGGACGGCGCCCGCCUGCCAGGCGGAGGUGGGCGGGGAGGCCGUGAGGAGGCGGUAGGGGCGGCGGGGCCGGGCCGAGCCGGGCCGAGGGGGUGGUUGCUGCCGUUGGCGCCGCGGGCGGCAGGUCUGCACCCUUUCCUUCACCUUCUGUGGUAGGAUGUGUUCCCUCCUCUGCCAUCAGCACGCCACCUGCUCUGACACCGUUCUGCCUUCUUACCCCCGCCGCUGUCUCUCCCUGUCCUGGCAGUGAACCGUAUUUCUGCUAAGAACAACUAAAUAAUCAAGACAGCAGUAUCAACAAAUAUUAAAUCAAUGGCUGCUAGUCAACCUGAAAGUCAGGCUGGAUCUCUUCCUAUCCCAGCUCUCUCAGCCUCUGAAAUUAAAUGGAAGAAAACUUAGAUUUUCCAUCCCUAAGCACAAGUGGAAGGUGUCCGGUAGCUACCAAUAUUCUCCUGUUCAUAUUGAAGGUCUUUGCCCUCACCAUGUCAAGGAGUGUUAAUGAUGUGUUCCCUCUCCAUUGCGUUCCCCACCUGUCAUCUUGCUAGGAUCUAACUACAGAAUGAACAUAGCAGCCGUGUUUAAUGCCCUGCUCGUGUCUGUCCUUGCUGCUGUGCUGUGGAAAUACAUCAAACUGCGAGAGCAUGUCUUCAUGGUUGAAGAGGAGUUGGUCCUCACCCGUCAGUCUCAGGAACUCUCUCAGGUUCAGAUUGACUACCAUGCAGCUCUCCAGGCACUGGUGGAGGACGGUACCAGGAUGGUGUGCACCGGCAGGAUGCACACUGAUCGUGUCUGCCGCUUUGAGUCCCUCUGCUACUCUACUGAGGCUGAGGAGUUUGUCUACUUUCACAGCAACUCCUCGGUCAUGCUGCCCAACCUGGGCUCCCGGAGGUUCCAGCCGGCUCUGCUUGACCUCUCCUCAGUGGAAGAUCACAACACCCAGUACUUCAACUUUGUGGAGCUGCCAGCUGCUGCACUGAAAUUUAUGCCAAAGCCGGUCUUCGUGCCUGAUGUGGCGCUGAUCGCUAACAGGUUCAACCCAGACAACCUGAUGCACGUCUUUCAUGACGACCUCCUCCCUAUUUAUUAUACCAUGCAGCAGUUCUCUGAUUUAGAUCUGGAGGCACGGCUCUUCUUCAUGGAAGGGUGGAGUGAAGGUGUUCAUUUUGACCUCUACAAGUUACUGAGUAACAAGCAGCCACUCCUCAGGGAGCAACUUAAAACCCUGGGCAGGCUCCUCUGCUUUACCAAAUCGUAUGUGGGACUGUCCAAAAUCACCACCUGGUACCAGUACGGAUUUGUCCAACCACAAGGGCCAAAGGCUAACAUCUUGGUUUCUGGUAAUGAGAUCAGGCAGUUCACCAAAUUCAUGAUGCAGAAGCUGAACGUCAGCUUGGAGGAAAGCUCCAGUGAGGAGUACAUCGUAGUGUUCAGUCGAACAAUCAACAGACUUAUCCUAAAUGAGGCAGAACUAAUCCUGGCUCUCGCUCAGGAGUUUCAGAUGAAAACCAUUACUGUCUCUCUGGAGGAGCAUUCAUUUUCUGACAUCGUCCGGUUGAUCAGCAAUGCGUCCAUGCUGGUCAGCAUGCAUGGGGCCCAAUUAGUCAUGUCUCUCUUCCUGCCAAGAGGUGCCACAGUGGUGGAGCUCUUUCCUUAUGCUAUCAACCCUGAACACUAUACUCCUUACAAAACCCUGGCAACCCUUCCUGGCAUGGACCUGCAGUACAUUGCCUGGCAGAACACCGACCAGGAAGACACCGUCACCUACCCAGACAGACCUUGGGAUCAGGGCGGGAUUGCUCAUCUGGACAAAGCUGAGCAAGAGCGCAUCAUUAAGAGCACAGAGGUGCCGCGGCACCUCUGCUGCCGCAACCCCGAGUGGCUGUUCCGUGCCUACCAGGACACGAAGGUGAACAUCCCUUCUCUCAUCCAGGUCAUCAGGCAGACUGUGAAGUCUAAGCCUGGAUCCAGGAGGCAGAAGUGGUCCGGUAGCCUCUACCCUGGCAAAGUGAGGGAUGCCAAGUGUCAAGCCUCUGUCCAGGGGACCAGCGAAGCUAAACUUGCCGUGUCCUGGCAGAUCCCCUGGAACCUGAAGUAUCUCAAGGUCAGAGAAGUGAAAUAUGAAGUGUGGAUACAAGAGCAAGGGGAAAACACUUACAUGCCUUAUAUAUUGUCCCAUCAGAAUCACACCUUCUCAGAAAACAUUAAGCCCUUCACAAUAUAUCUGGUGUGGAUACGCUGCAUCUUCAACAAAAAUCUCCUGGGACCGUUUGCAGAUGUUCUCUUGUGUAGUACAUAACCUGUUGCGCUACCUGUACAGCUCUGCCCCGCUCUCCACUCCAUCUGUGGUUUAAAACUUCUUGUCUUGUAGUUUGUAGAGGGCUGAAGAGGACUAGACUGUACCAGUGCCUAAGUGUCUAUUUUAUUGCACUCCACGUGUGUUCUUUAAAUGGUAUUUAUUUCCAGUGAGUAUUUAAAAAAAAAAAAAAAAGAAACUUCUGUGGUCUUCAGAGUAACUUCCAGAGGCUAAAUUACAUGCUGAAUACAUGUAAUUGAAAACAGAAUGGAAGUGAAUUAUGUGUACCUUGGUCGUGAUUUAAAUUUGUUUCUAUUGUGUGGUGAGUAUUUGAGUAUUUAAGCACAGCGUUAAACCGCAGUUAAUUCCACGGCUAGGUGGGCGAUUCUCAUCAGCUUUUUCACUGUAAGUUAUUUUUUUCAAUAAUUCUGACUGUAACUUUGAGUUCAAGAUUUGGUACAAGAGCCUUCAUUAAACUGCUGUAAACCUC